AUGGCCGGCCGCCGUUUGGCAGCGGAGUUUGAAAGGUUUUGCAGAGAAAAUGAGAUAAAGCAUAUUCUAGCUCCUCCUUAUCAUCCGAGCUCCAAUGGACAGGCAAAGCGGAUGGUUGGAAUAGUGAAGAAUUGGUUAAGAAAGGCAAAGUACGGGAAAGGAGAGGUAUGGGUAUCUGUGGCGUACUAUAAUAAUAGUAGGAAGGGAGAGGAGAUGUCGCCGUCAGAGAAAUUUUUAGGACGCAGAACGAGGAUUGGGUUGGAUGCUUUAAAGUCGAGGUCAGAUAAGCCAGAAAUGGAACGUAAGGAGGAUAAUACAGUGAAGUUCACGGUGGGACAAACAGUGUGGGCCCGAGUAUAUGGGGAAAGGAAAAAGUGGCAGUCCGGAAUAGGGAUGGAAAACGUGGGGAAGAAAUUGAGUAAGGUCCAGUUUCAGGAUGGAAAAGUGGGCAUGCGGCAUCAAGACCAAUUACGUAGAGGGGUCGACCCGGAGCAGCAAUAG